UAUAUAAACAGGGCCCUAUCUCUCCCUUCCCAUCUCUCUCUCUCUCUCUCUCUCUCUCUCUAUUCUAACCAUGGUUCUCUCAAAGACCGCGUCCGAGUCAGAUGUCUCCAUCCACUCCACCUUUGCAUCACGAUACGUCCGAGACUCACUUCCCAGAUUCAAGAUGGGGGAGAACUCAAUACCGAAGGAGGCAGCGUAUCAGAUCAUCAACGAUGAGCUGAUGUUGGAUGGUAAUCCACGGUUGAAUUUGGCCUCUUUUGUGACUACGUGGAUGGAACCUGAGUGCGAUAAGCUGAUCAUGGCCGCGAUUAACAAGAACUAUGUGGACAUGGACGAAUAUCCAGUCACCACCGAGCUCCAGAAUCGGUGCGUGAACAUCAUUGCGCAUCUCUUCAAUGCCCCACUUGGGGAAUCAGAGACCGCGGUCGGAGUGGGGACAGUCGGAUCAUCGGAAGCUAUCAUGUUGGCCGGAUUGGCAUUCAAGAGAAGAUGGCAGAACAAGAGAAAGGCCGAGGGCAAGCCCCACGACAAGCCCAACAUUGUUACCGGUGCCAACGUCCAGGUUUGCUGGGAGAAAUUUGCUAGGUAUUUCGAGGUGGAGUUGAAGGAAGUGAAGCUGAGUGAGGGUUACUAUGUAAUGGACCCUGCGAAAGCGGUGGACAUGGUCGAUGAGAACACCAUUUGUGUCGCCGCAAUCUUGGGUUCAACGCUCAAUGGGGAAUUCGAAGAUGUGAAGCUGUUGAACAAUCUCUUGGUGGAGAAGAACAAGGAAACGGGAUGGGACACUCCGAUCCACGUCGACGCAGCGAGCGGUGGAUUCAUCGCGCCUUUCCUGUACCCCGAUCUGGAAUGGGAUUUUCGCCUGCCAUUGGUGAAGAGCAUCAACGUAAGCGGACACAAGUACGGGCUGGUCUAUGCCGGGAUCGGAUGGGUCAUAUGGAGGAGCAAGGAAGACUUACCUGAGGAACUCAUCUUCCACAUCAACUACCUUGGAGCUGAUCAACCAACCUUCACUCUCAACUUCUCUAAGGGGUCAAGUCAGGUUAUUGCCCAGUACUAUCAACUGAUCCGGUUAGGUUUUGAGGGGUACCGAAACAUCAUGGAGAACUGCCAGGAGCAGGCAAUGGUGCUGAAAGAAGGCUUGGAGAAGACGGGCCGUUUUAACAUCGUCUCCAAAGAUAACGGCGUUCCGUUAGUCGCUUUCUCUCUCAAGGACAACACCCGACACGACGAGUUCGAGAUAUCGGAGUAUCUGCGCCGUUUCGGUUGGAUCGUGCCGGCCUACACGAUGCCACCUGACGCCCAGCACGUGACGGUGCUACGUGUCGUCGUGCGAGAGGACUUCAGCCGCACGCUUGCGGAGCGGCUCGUGAUCGAUAUCCAGAAGGUCUUGCACGAGCUUGAUCACAUGCCGUCUAAACUGACGUUAACUGGCACGUGCGAGGAUGGGACUGCGCAGGGCGUUAAGAAGACGGCGUUAGAGACGCAGAGGGAGAUUACGACCUUCUGGAGGAAAGUCGUAAAGGACAAGAAGACCAGCGGCGUAUGUUAGAAGCAUGACGUGCGGGGCCCAUUCGUGAUGUUUAAGUAGAAUCCAAACCGUGCAUCUGGUGAGACUCAUCAUGGGAACCGUAUAUCUCAUUAAUAAUCUCUAUCAAAAGCUUAGGUGGGACACACCGUGCGGAGAAAUGUAAAAUAUUCCAUAUAAUCUUUGUGGCCCACCUAAACUUUGGAUUUCUUUAAUUUCGGUAAACCUCUUAAUCCUUUAGGGAAGCAUCUGAUGACUGGGAUGGAUGGUCUAUAUACAACACGGCGGACGACAAAUUCUAUCUGAAAAUUUCUAUGGUAGGCAUCGUCUACCAAACAUUCCCUAUUGUUACCUUUGGUGUGGUCCAUCCUAAAAAUGUAUCAGGUUGGGUUUUGGGCCAUGAUGCUAGAAAUGAGGGAUACAUCUAAUGGACGGGUUGGAUGACACUCACACAUCACGGUGGGCCCCUCACAGCUGGGUAAUUAUCAUGCUUUUGAACCAAUGUGAUCAUUCCCUAUUUAUUUUAUGUUAUGGACUUCAAAAUGAUAUAGUAGAGAGUGUUCCCUAUCAUAUUAUGAUA